GCCCUGGGUGUGAGGUGUGGGAGAAUCAAGUGCACCGUGAGGAAUUUGGAGGCUGGGCGACCUCCCUCGCAAGUCACCAUCUUCGCUUACCUCUUCAGCCCAUCCAUCAUAGUGCGGGAGAGUUACUCGGUCUUUGCAGGGAUCAAUGCCACAAUCGAAGGACUUGAGAUCACAGACACUGAAAACGAUUUUUCUUCUGCUGCAUUUGAAGUGCUUCCAUCAGUGAUUGAGGUACAAUUGGAGUGUUUUCAGUAUUGGAUCAUCGUGGUUUCAUUUGUGGCUGGACUACUAGCUCUCUUUAUCCUCAUUGGAGCUCUAGCACUGUGUGGAGUGUUUGGUCGAUGGUACAAGAGGAGAGGGGACGAAUCUCUUGGUAGUAGUGCCGAGACGGUCGACGGAGGACCGUACCGGUCUCGUUCCAGUGCCACUUACGCUCCCCGUACCAUUCCACCACUAUCAGGUGUGACGAUGGGAGGAGGUGAUAGCGGGGAGACUGGGGAGGUGGAGGAGGAUCUGGGGAAGGAGGAGGAGGCUGAGCGAGAGAGACAACUGGAGGCAGAGCUUAUGGAAUCGACAACCACUGGUCCUAUAGGAGACAUAGAUGUUCCUCUCGAUGAGUUCACCUUUGAACCCCACGUCGGGGUCUCCGAGGGAGGAGACGACGAGACUGAAAUAUAAGAAAAUAACUAACAUAAUCUUUCAG